AUGAAGGCACGGAGCGAGCGAGCGAGCGUAGAUUCCGCGCGGUCACGACUUGCAGCGGCGGCCAUUUUGCGGUGCCUGCCCGCUCCCCGUGCGCGCGUCGUGAAUAUUAAUACCAACGCGAGAAUAACGCCGAAAAUCUACAACGGCCUCCUUCGCAGGGCUGUGGAGUGUUACGCUGCACCGCCAUACGCUAUCAAUGCAGAGGCUUCGUAUGUGAUAUUUACGCAAAUACGUUGCGGUAGGGCCUCGGGCGGAGAGACCGCCACCGGCGCGCCGCAGUUCGCUCGUAAUGGAGCGAAA